AUGUUGUCACGAGCACAACUUCCACGACAGGGUGUACCACCUGUUGCGGAAAUGCAAAGAAGAAUGGAUAAUUUGUACCGAAAGGAAAAAGCGUUUUUAAAAAGAACGGAUCCCACCUUAUUUCUCAGUGCUCAACAGAUUCACGAUCUUGGAACCCGUUACUUGCUCUUGGGAACAACUACCUCACUAAUCUCAACGGGACACGCCUUCAUAGACGCCACUAUCAUCAGUAUCAUCAGAUGUGGUUACGGAAGUAUCCUUCUCCCUAUUCUUCGCCUGCUGUCUGCCGGCGACUGUACGUUUCCAUUUGCUGCAAAUUGCAUUACAUUGUUCACUAUGUUGUGCGGUUUUGUCCCCGAUGAAACCUAUGACAACGGACUAGCGUACAAGCAAUACGCCCUAGCAUUAAGAGACGCUACCAUGCCAUAUUUUGAGUUCAUCGUCAUAACACCGGACCACUUGAACCUAUACAGGCAACUCACCGAAAACUGCGUCAGUCGAGAUCAUUUGGAACUGCUCACUAAAUGGUUUACCAAGAAACCGCCAAGCAUACUCAAAGGACUGAUGUACUUGUACAACGACUAUCCCUAUGGAGGCAUUUGGAACGACAGUGGACGAGAGUUAUAUGGAGUACAUUUCUAUCGAACCGUGGAAAACUGUUUCCAAGCAUUCCCCUAUCUCUUUACGGGCAAAGUGGUCGAUGUUUUGACAGUGGACGCUACAAUACAAGAGCUGUCAAAUAACAACAUUGCGGAUUUAAUGAUUUUUGAGGACAAGUUAGCGGUCUACAGACGUCUCGUGGACACCCGUUAUUUGGAGAAAGCGUCGUAUUUGAAUUUGUUUUUUAUUAUGAAAACACACCACGGCAACCAUCUUGACUCUCCGGACACCAACCUGCUGUCCUAUAUGGAGAAUGCUUUGAAAACGGUUCGAGGAAUGGAGAAAAACACCAUCCGCAAUCUUUGUGUGAUUCCUCACGUAUUUGAGGAGGAAUCCCUCGAUCGAAACAAUGCAGGGCUCACAAGCUCUUCGAUAGCAGCAGCUCUGCUUGAGGACUUAAUUAGAACACGAAGGGCUAAAGUGUUUGCAAACGUGAACCAUGGUGAAUACAGCAUCGACACCUUCGUAAAUAAAUUUGAAGCACUAUUGGGUCCGAUGGAAAAAUUUCAGAACCAUCAUGUCAACCCAGUCGAAAUCAUCGAGUUUGCUAAAACCGAGCUGUUUGAUUUCUUUGUUGUGGUCACCAUCUCCGCACACAACUUGGCUCUAGAAGAUAUAAUUUUGAAAUUCAAUGAAUACAGAAGCAUUGCCAACGCAUUUUCAAAACUAAUAAUAGUUGGGGUGGACAACUUACCUAGACAACGUGGACUCGAACAUCUGGAUAAUGUGAUGCUCGUCUCAGGAGUCAACGAGAACACAUUUCUCGUCUUGGACAAGAUUCUUCGUUUUGGAUAA